AUGAGAACACGAAAACGCCGCUAUUCUGAUCAUGACACGUCUGAGCCUUCAAGCAGAACAAAGCGCCGCACGCCACAGCGCUCUGAGGUCAUUACCAUUAGCGAUGAUGAAGAGGAGCCUCUCGAAUCCGUGCUGGCAAAAAUCAAAGCUCAAGAAGAAAGCGAAGCUCUCGCCAGGAAGCUGCAGCAAGACUGGGCCGACAAUGCACAACCCGCCCCUUCUGCGGGAACAUCCUCGAACGCUGACCGUGGUCACGAUGAAGAGGUCAUAGAUCUUACCCGGGAAGACGAUGAGGCCCUCGCAAAGCGUCUGGCAAAGGAAUGGGAGGCACUCGACGAGGUUCCCCAACAGGUAACUGGUCCUUCGAAGGGGAAGAGGAAAGCGUAUGAAGUUGAAGAAGAUCACGAUGUUACGCCGGACAAGAAGCUCGAACGCUAUCAUGAAUUAUUCAUAGGAACAAAACGGUGUCAGUGUGGAGAAGAACUUUCCUCACCCCGCGGUCAUGUAACGUAUUCUACCCAGAUGCCACCUCCUAGUCUGCUGCGGCUCCUUCAUAUCCCUUGCAAGAAAUGUAGGACCAACCACUGCCGUGGAUGUCUAACUGCGGUUACAUGUCCGCUUUCUUGCAAGGGAGAAGGCAAGGACGGCGCAGAUACUUGUCCUGCCUUGACGUGUUGCGCCGAGGUCCGCGCGAUCGCGCUCUUCGAAGCGCUGGGCGGCUUUGAUAGACAGUAUCUCAGUGAGCGUGCAACGUCUGACAGCCGUGCAAAGGAAGCAGCUGCCAAGUACCGCAGCACGCAAGUGAAUUCUGUAGGCCCCGGAGGAACUGGCUAUGGCACGGGUGCUGACUUCACCGACCUUUGGCAUUCUCGAGGACUCGGAAAGGGCCGUGGAAGGGGAGGUGCAGGCUUCACCUCCACAGAGGCCCAUGCUUCCCGAAUAGACGAAUUGGCUGCGCAUUGGGACGAGAUUGUCGUCCGCGCGUUAACGACAAUAACUCAAUUUCUUCCAUCUCAAUACUCCGAUGCGGCUCAGAUCUACGAUAUGCUUCCGCAUGCUUCAACAGAGGCCCUACUUUCUCUGUCUCAGCUUCCUGAUUUACUCGGCGACCUGUUACGGAACGACUCUGUCACAGACUGGAUUUCUCGCAUUGACGUCUAUCAUGCAAUGUUGGCACUAUUGAGGCGAAUGGCAGACUGCGAACUGACGAUUGAGGUUCUCAUCGGCCAACGGUGGGAAAUAGAGAAGAGCUGCGGGUUGGAAGAAUGGAUGUGGGGUGACGCAGAGAUUGUCUGGGAGAAAGCCAAAGACUCGCAACUCGUCAAAGCCCCUCCUCUGUACGUACACUUCAAGAAGCUCACCAAACAGUGCGAGACGUUUCUGGCGGGGGCCUCCAGCAUGUUCGAAGACGGCGCUGGCCAAGACGCUGGGGAUGUGACGGACACCAUGGUGAAGGCGACAUCACUCUGCGGUGAUAUUAUCGUCGCGCGGGACGACAUCGAACGCGCCAUGACGCUCCUGGGGAAGGCCCCUUCCACCGUCCUCCAGAAGGCUGACGACAUGUCGCAGGAGGACUCCAAGAGGCGCAAAGGUAAAGCACCAGAUCCCUCGAUCGCUCUCGAGAGGACAUAUGCCCAGGAGUGUGAACGUCUAGCGUUCCGCUACGUCACGCUUUCGCAACCAUCGUCCAACGGCGAUGGGUUCAGCUACCCCGAAUUCAGGUAUGCGAAAGAGCUUGCGGUCACCGCCUCGUCCACCAGAAACCCGAAGGACAGGCUGCAUCUCAUCAAAGAGCUUGCUGUGAUGGCGACCAGUCUACCGGUUGGCGUAUGGGUUCGUGUCGAUGAGGUGCGAAAUGAUGCUAUCAAGAUAAUGAUUGCCGGCCCUGAAGGUACACCCUACGCUGGUGGACUAUUCGAAUUUGACUGCUACAUUCCGCUCAAUUAUCCGAACGCACCUCCCUUGAUGCAUCUUCGCACAACCGGCGGAGGCAGGGUGCGCUUCAACCCGAAUCUGUACAACAACGGCAAGGUUUGCUUGUCGCUACUUGGGACGUGGGCCGGACGCCCAGAGGAACAAUGGUCUCCAAAGUCUACACUCCUGCAAGUCGUGGUCUCGAUUCAGAGUAUGAUCUUGAUCGAUCUGCCGUAUUUCAACGAGCCUGGGUAUGGUAAGGCGGACGCGAAGGAUCACAACAGUAUUGCGUACAAUCGCAACAUCUAUGUGCAGACCGUUCGUUGGGCUAUGGUCGAGUGGAUGAAGGACGAGUACAAAAACGGUAUCUGGGCGGAAGUCAUAACUGCACAUUUCUGCACACGACACCCCAAGAUACUGAAGUGCAUCCAAGAGUGGGCGAAGGAUGAACCUCGGAUCCGCAAGUACACCGAGGGGGGCACCAUACCGUACGACGGACCGGCCUUCAUCGUGCCACCGCCAUAUCCCAGCCUGCCUUCGGGCUCGUCUGUUGUCGCUAGCGGCAUUUACCCUGCCGCGCCUUACAAUAGCAUUUUACCCGUGCCAUCAACCGCUUCGCAGCAUGGCAAAGACCUUUUGCAGGAAUAUGAUCGGGGUAUAGAGCAAAUACAGGGUUGGAAGCAUGGACAAGAGUAA